AUGGAUUCAAUUGAUUACCCUAGGGGAAUGACACCCCCCGAUGGGAUUGGUAACCUACAGGGUGAUGUAGGGAUCAACAUGGACCCAAUUGAUCACCCUCAGAGGAUUGGUAACCUCGGGGUGAUGUUAGGAUUAACAUGGAUCCAAUUGAGUGCUCCUAAGAGAUUGUGUAUUGUUGGGAUCAGUAUGGAUCCAAAUGAUUGCUCCCAAGAGAUUGGUAACUCCCGGGGUGAUAUAGGGAUUGACAUGGACCCAAUUGAUUACUUCAAGAGGAUUGGUAACCUUGAGGGAAUGUUGGAAUUUGCAUGGAUCCAACUGAUUACCCUUAAGGGAAUGGUAACCCCCGGGAAAUGUAAGGUUUGGUAUUGA